CCAAAUGUCAACAGAUGUCACACACAUCCUGCGGAGAAAUUAAACCGUUCGUCCUUCAAUUCGGCCUUUGAAGGAUGUUAAAUAUUUAAUUUGUGACGAGUUUCCUCUCCCGCUCCAUGACUUGAUCACAUCCACGUUGAAAACCAAAAAAUGGGAUCACAGAGCAAAACCCUUUCAUAUCAAUCAUAAGUCCGUGAGUAGCCCUCGAAGCCCUUCACUAACCCGGUGUGUGGUUGCCAUGUUCUAACAAGGGGGCUGUCAUGGCUAGCUUCGCGGCGCAGGCCGCCCUCCGGGCCAAGUGGAGCUCGCUGGUGGAGGAGCACAGCAUCGAGGUGCCCCCCGAGGUGACCAGCAAAGUGACAAGUGUGGUCGGCUGGCUCAAACAGGCGUCGCUGGAGGUGCGAGCGGCGGGACGCAGGGCUGUCAAUACGCUGGCCGGGGGCAUGGCGCAGCAUUUGGUCAUUCUGCAUUUCAACGAUGUGUACAACGUGGAGCCGAGACAGGGGCCGGAGCCCGUGGGGGGCGCAGCGAGGUUCUGCACCGCCAUCAAGAGUUUCCAGCAUUUGCAUCCUCUGGUGCUCUUCAGUGGAGAUGCCUUUUCACCCAGCAUGUUGAGCACCUACACCAAGGGCGAGCAGAUGGUCCCCGUCCUCAACGACCUCGGCACCCACUGUGCCGUCCUCGGCAACCACGAUUUCGACCACGGCCUUGAAGUCCUCUCCCAAUGGGUGGCCCAAACCGAAUUCCCAUGGCUCAUGUCCAACGUACUCGAUAACGAAACUGGCCGUCCAUUGGGCGAAGGCCGAAUCACCCAUGUGGUACACUGGGCCGGCCAUCGAAUCGGCCUUUUGGGCCUCGUCGAGAAGGAGUGGCUCGACACCCUCGCCACUAUCAACCCAGAAAUGGUCACUUUUCUCGACUUUGUCGAAGCGGGACAAAAACUCGCCGCCCAAUUAAAACAAGAGGGGUGUGAUUAUGUGAUUGCGCUGACCCAUAUGCGAACCCCAAAUGACAUCAAGUUGGCGGAAAAUUGCGAUAACAUCGACUUGAUCCUAGGCGGCCAUGACCACGUGUACGAAAUCAAAGAAAUAAAUGGGAAAUUUGUCGUGAAAAGUGGCACCGAUUUUCGACAAUUUAGCAAAAUUACGGUGAAUUUUGAUAAACCCGAGCCUGAGGUCACUAUUGAGGAAAUUAGUGUCACUUCUGCUUUCCCUGAAGAUGUAAAAUUGAAGGAGAAACUUGAUAAGUAUACGAGUAUUGUCGAGGGGAGAAUGCACGAGGUUUUGGGUUGUUUUUCUGUGCCACUUGAUGGGCGUUUCACCUCGAUUCGUACAUCGGAAUCCAAUCUAGGAAAUUGGGUUUGCGACGUGGUUCUAGCAGCGACAGGUGCCGAUUUAGUUAUUCUCAAUUCGGGGACUUUCCGUUCAGAUCAAGUUCAUCCAGCUGGGGAUUUUACAGUUCGCGAUUUGACCAACAUUGUGCCCAUGAGGGACCCAUUGGUUAUUCUCAAAUUGACGGGAAAACAAAUUCUGGACGCGCUGGAGAACGGGGUUUGCAUGUACCCCAAACUGGAGGGGCGGUUUCCCCAAGUGGCGGGGGUGAGUUUCGCCUUCGACCCCACGAAGCCCCCCGGCCAACGAGUCGACCCUGCAUUCGUGCGAAUUGGCGACGAGUAUUUGAAUUUGGAGCAGAAUUAUCGGCUUGCAACCAAGAGUUACAUGCAUUCAGGGUGUGAUGGUUACGUUAUGCUUAAAGAUGCCGAAGUUUUGGUGGAUGAAGGGGAGUGUCCCGAGUUGGGUCUAGCGAUCCAAAACCACUUCCAAGCGAUUAAUAUGCGAUUAGGGAAGACUAAAAAACACUCCAAACAUCGACAAUCAUUAGUCACGCUUUCACGAAGACAUAGCUUGGUGAAAAUGCUCGACGGGAGUGAACUAGACGGCCCUCCCCCCCUUCGCCGAGCCAGCACUGUGGAGGUGACCACCAGCCCCCCUGGCCACCACAGCGCCCGCCUCACCCGUCGGGCGUCAUUGGACGACCUUGAACAGGAAUCGUGUCAAUUAACUCCGAAAAUCGACCAUCGAAUCGUCGUCAUAACAAACGAGGAGAAACGCCAGGAAUUGAUCCUUCAGAGACAGAGAAUCGAACAGGACUCGAUCAUCGAAGAAGUCGACGAAUAUUCACCGCAGAAUUAGUUUUUUUCUAGGGUUUGUUUAGAGUAGACUCGGGUAAUGCCUUCAAAGAACACCACUUCAAAGCAUUCCACAACGAGUUGGUUGUGAACAAUUUUUUUUUUUUCGAGUUAAAUCAAAAUUGUACCAAAAGGAGCAAUAACUAAAUUGUGAUUGGCUAAACGUUUGUUUAUUUGUGCCUAAAACGGUCGCAACUUUCCUCUAAACUAGUACAAAUUUUGAAUAGAUGUGCUGUUGUGGUGGGCAACUUGAUCUUGAUGCCUUUAUGUAUAUUUCUUCCUAUAUUAAGUGUCAGCACUGUCAGUGUUAAGCUAGUGUAUAUAAAUGCACUUUUUUGAAUAUUUAACCGCCAUUAAAUCCGUCACGUGGUAUCGGAUAGCGCCAUCUAGCGACACACUUUAGACCAAAACCCCACCUUAACUGUCCGAUACCGAAAUUCUCGUCAAUUGUGCUAAUGGAAGAUUUACUGUGUGCUUCAGUGGUAAAUUAAAUGUAUUAGAGUUGCGAAACAACUAGUCAGCAAAAACAAAACACCUGUUACGAAACACCUAGAUUGUUACGAAAUUUAUUUGUGUUGAUUUUUACAAUUAUAGGUGGCUGAAUGUAGACCUGAAUAAAUAAUUUUUUAUUACA